AAAUCAUUCAUUUCGAUAAAAAUUAACUUCAAAAGAAAUUCUGCGAGAUCAAAUAACAAGAAAAACGAAUAAUAUAAUCACGACAAAAUAACAUUUGGCCCAUUUCGAUAGAAGUGUGUUGAACUUUGUAAAUCAGUUCAUGAGAUAAGCUUCUGAUAUACAGUUGCAAGUGACAAUCAUAGCUUUGCAGACGAACAAAACUAAAUAAAUAUCUCAACGAUGCUGCCAUUAUUAGUACUCCUCGUCAUAUCAAAAGCCAGUGCGGAAUUGUGUCCGUACGUAUUUGACAACCAAUCGUAUUCCAGGACUUCAAUUUUAACAAUAAGAGGUCUUCCCACCAAUCUCGUACACAACCCACAUACAGGUGACAUACUUUUCACAUUGAUCGAUCUUGAAUCACUGCAAAACGAUGAUGUACAAACCAAAAUGGAACAAUAUAUACUUAAGAAUGGAGAACCUAUAAAAAUUGAUAAUAUAAACGGCCAAGCAGCGGCCGUGGACAUUGCCAGAAACAAAAUUUACAUAGCGUCUGAUGAUGGCUUGAAUGUAUUAAACAAAACGAACAAAGCCACUUUCGUGAGCUUGAAAGAUGAAGAUAUAGUACAUGUAUUUAAACCUCAGAACACAUUGGAUGAACUUUACGUCGUGAUAUACCCAGAAAACGAGGUGUACACUGUAAAUUUGAAGAGAAACGAAAAGAGAAGAGUGGAUCAUGUCCCGUGUGCCUUCAUUUUGGCUGUUGAUUCGAACGAGAAUGUAUUUUAUGAAUGUGAUUCUAAAUAUGUUAAAGUUCUAUUGAAAGGUUUUCAAGAGCCUAUAGAGUUCGUUGGCAUAGCUAAGGAUUCAGCUCGUGCCAUCACGGUAGAUGGCAGUGAUCGAGUUAUUUUGGCCGCAAAUGAUGGUCUUUACCAUUUAAGACCAGAUAGUUUGAUUCCCAGGAAACUAAUGAGCCUAGAUUUUGUCCCGUCAGGCAUAGCGUUCCAUGAUGAAGAUAUUUAUUUGGCUGCCAACAGCAUGAUAUACAAAUAUAGUACGGCGGAAUGUGAAUAAAUUAUAAAAUUAUUUGAAAUAUGUUUCGUUUUGAU